CCCAUCACUAGAUUGAAAAAACAACAAACGACGCCGCGCAAUAAUUCGAAAAUACUAGCCACUUUUGUUUAAAACUGAGAAAAAAGAAUAAAUUAUCCCGAGAAAGAUGAGCAACAAGAGCACGCCAGUUCGCCAGCGCAUCCAGCAGUUCCAGACGCGGGGUUCCCACAAAUCGACGCCGGCGUCGGAGAUUAAAGGACUGCGCAAGAAGGUUCUGAUGACGCGGACGGAGGAUCGUGAUCGAGAUCGCCCCGAUCAACUUUUAAAUACGGCUUUCAGUGGUAGCACACCAACCCCGAAACCCAAGCCCACGGCCCUCAAUGCCUGCUAUACACCCUCGUCGCUCUACAGGAAUACAAACACACCGGGGAGAUCAAAGACUCCCGCCACCGGAAAAUCCAGCUGCAGCAGGCCCAAGGAUCGGGACUCGCUGAUGGACUCCUGCCUGAGCGUGUCCGAGGAGAGCAACAUGAUAGUGGCGGUGCGUGUGCGUCCACUUAACGCCCUGGAAUGCACACGUGGUCAGGUCACCAAUGUAGUUCAGGUCCACGGAAACAGCAACGAAUUGACGGUCCAGGCUGGUUCCUCAGCCGAUUCCUCGGCUGGAGUCACGCACUUUUUCAGUUACGACCAGGUGUACUACUCCUGCGAUCCGGAAAGGAGAAACUUCGCCUGCCAGGCGAAAGUUUUCGAUGGAACGGCACGUCCACUGAUCGACACAGCCUUCGAGGGCUACAAUGCCUGUUUGUUUGCCUACGGGCAGACGGGCUCGGGCAAGUCCUACAGCAUGAUGGGCAUUGAGGCUCUGGACGAUGCCGCACUCGAUGGUGGACCGCCGCACGAUGAGGCGGGAAUUAUUCCCCGCUUCUGCCACGAGCUGUUCCGCCGCAUAGAAGCUGUGAAAGCGAAGGAGCAGCUGCAGGUCGAGGUGGAGGUCAGCUACUUUGAGAUCUACAACGAGAAGAUCCACGACUUGCUGAGUGUCCAGCAUGCGGCCGCUGCAUCUGGGGAAUCCACGCCUGUGCAACAGAAUCAGCCGCAACAGCGACCGGCUUUGAAGGUGCGCGAGCAUCCCAUCUUUGGACCCUAUGUCGUGGAUCUGAGUGCCCAUUCGGUGGACUCUUACUCGGCCCUCCGCAACUGGUUGGCCGUGGGCAACUCCCAACGGGCCACCGCCUCAACGGCGAUGAACGACAAGAGCUCGCGAUCGCACUCCAUUUUCAAUAUCGUCCUCAAUCUCACCGAUCUGAGCAGCGAUGAUGGCUUGUCCUCCGAUACGGAUUCGGGAACGGUUAACUCGCUCCGGCAGACGCGCCGCAGCAAGAUCAGUUUGGUUGAUCUGGCGGGCAGCGAAAGGAUCAGCGUUUCGGGAUCGAAUGGCGAAAGGAUUCGCGAGGGCGUUAGCAUAAACAAGAGCCUGCUGACGCUGGGAAAAGUCAUCGCUGCCCUCGCCGAUUCGCGCAAGGCAAGCGGGAAUGGUCCGCUGGGAUCCGGAACACCCAGCACCUUUGUCCCUUAUCGGGAGAGUGUGCUCACCUGGCUUCUGAGGGAAAAUCUCGGCGGAAACUCGAAGACGGUAAUGUUGGCCACCAUAUCGCCGGCCAGUCUGCAUGUGGAUGAAACCCUGGCUACCUUGCGGUACGCCUGCAAGGCGCGUUCCAUUGUCAACCGGGUGAAGGUGAACGAGUCGCCGCACGACAAGAUCAUCAGGGAUCUGCGGGCAGAAGUGGAUCGCCUGAAGUCGCUGAGGAACGAGUACGAACGCCAGAGGCGUUUAUCCGGCAACAGUAACAAUCCGGUGCCACGCAAGAUCAUCAUCGAGACCUCCGUGGAUGAGACAGAGGUGGAGGCACUGCGUCAGCAACUGGCCGAGAGGGAGAGGGAGUUGAGUCGUGCGCAGAAAUCGUGGAUGGAGAAGCUCAAGGAGGCGGAGGAUCAGCGAAAGUCCGAGCUGCGUGUCCUGAAACGACGUGGCUUGGCUUUGGAGCUAACUGCCGAGCAGAAACAGGCCUGUUUGGUCAAUCUCACCGCGGAUCCCAUAUUGAGUGGCACUCUGUUUUAUCUGCUGCCGCAAGGAGUCGUUCGCAUUGGUCGAGGUCGCCUGCCAGGCGGUGGUGCCAGUUCCCAACCGGAUAUUGUCCUGGACGGUCCGCUGGUCGCCCUGCAGCACUGCACCAUCGAGCACGAGCGUGGUGGCAAGCUAUUCGUAAUCCCUGGGAGCGAGGACUUUGAAACCUAUGUGAACGGGGAGCUCGUGGAGGAUCGUCGACAGCUGUUCCACGGUGACCGACUUGUCAUUGGUGGUUCGCACUAUUUCCGCAUCUCCAAUCCCUUUUGCCCGCAAAGAGGCAAGUCCGAUCGCCCGGUGGACUUCCAGCUGGCCCACCAGGAGAUCCUGCAGAAGCAGGAGCAGCAACUGCGAUCCGAGCUGGAGGCGGAGAAGCGGGCAGCUCUCACGCGAAUCGAACAGGAGCGAGCUCAGCAUGCGCGCGACUUUGAGGAGCGGCUGCAGUGCCUCGAACUGGAGCAGUUCAAGUACAAGUGCAACAGCGAGAUGCUCGAGACGGAGCGCAAGGCCUUGGCCCAGCAGCAGGAGCACACUCCGCUCAGGGAGCAGGAUGCCGCGUCGACGCCCGCCCACAAAUCCACGAUUCUGGAGGACAUCCAGCGCAUCAUGCUCAAUCCCUCGGAGGAGAGUCUGCACAAGACGCAGCUGAUGGUGAAGGAGGCCACCCAGCACUGUCGUCAGCUGGACCUGCCAUUGGAGUUCAGGCAAACCCAAUCCCCGGACGAAUUUGGACUGCUGCGAACGGUCAUCGUGAUCCUGGACAAGCAACGCGGCUUGAAGGCCGAGUGGCCAACUGCCAGGUUGGGAGUGUGGCUUGACUUGGUCAGGGACAGUACAGAGCAGCAGGUCAAGCUGAAUGCACGGACCAUUUUCCAGAGUGUCGAGGUCGAUUGGGAGCCACUGGAUGCGGAUCUCAACGAAACCCUGAGCGACACACACAACUCCAGUCGCAUUGCCUUGAAUUUGAGUGCCAUGAAGGAUGUGCUAUUGAACAAGCCGCUGAAGAGGCUGCUCAACGUUUCCAGUGCCAGCAAUUCCCCCAGGCAGACAUCCACACCGUCGCCGGGAAGCCAACUGGUGCAGUACACCAAACGCCUGCUGACCUACGAUCCCGAGGAGACGCCAGGCAGCCAAAGAAGCUUCACGGCGCUCGUUCGUCAGGAGCUGCAGAUGAUGCAGCACUCCGCACAGCGGAUGCAACGGCACUGCGAGGCCGCUCUGCUCGAGCGGGAGAACCAGCAGGACAGCGGUGUCCUGGCCGUCAGCCUGCAGGAGCACCUAGUCCGGCUUGAAACCAUGCUCAACGGGAUGCAAAGUUCGUUGGUCCGAGCGGAGGUCGCCGCGAGUUCCACCUCGCCGACGAAAACACAGAAGGCUGUGCGCUUUCUUAUCGAUUGACAACGCGAUUAGUUCGCACCUUGGACUAGAUUCUAUGCUGCAAUGUGCUUUGUGUUUGUUUUUAUGUUUUUAAAUAUACAGUCGACUCUCGUUAAUUCAAACCUGCGAUAAUUCGAACCUCUCUA